GAAAACCUGAGCAGGAAGAACUCUGGCAGUGGCUACAGCAUCCACCAGCACCAAGGGAACAAGCAGUAUGGGACGGAGAAAUCGGGGUUUCUGUACAAGAAGAGCGAUGGGAUCCGGAAAGUGUGGCAGAAGAGGAAGUGUGGCGUGAAGUACGGCUGUCUGACCAUCUCCCACAGCACGAUAAACCGUCCUCCUGUCAAGCUGAACCUCCUCACCUGCCAAGUGCGACCCCACGCCGAGGAGAAGAAAUGCUUCGACCUGGUGACACACAACAGGACGUAUCACUUCCAAGCAGAGGACGAGCAGGAGUGUGUUGUGUGGGUCUCGGUGCUGCAGAACAGCAAGGACGAAGCCCUGAGCAACGCCUUCAAAGGGGAACCCAACGGCAGCGGGGCGGCGGCGGGCGGCGGGGCGGAUGGUGACGUGCAGGAGCUCACCAAGCUGGUCAUCAGCAAGGUGAAGAACAUGCCGGGAAACAAGCAGUGUUGUGACUGCGGGGCCCCGGAUCCCACCUGGCUCUCCACCAACCUGGGCAUCCUGACAUGCAUUGAGUGCUCCGGCAUCCAUCGGGAGCUGGGUGUGCAUUACUCCCGCAUCCAGUCCCUCACCCUGGAUGUCCUCAGCACCUCUGAGCUGUUGUUGGCCGUCAGUGUGGGGAACACUCGCUUUAACGAGAUCAUGGAGGCCACGCUGCCCACGCAGGACUGUCCCAAGCCCUCGGCUGGCAGUGAUAUGGCUGCCCGCAAGGAGUACAUCAUGGCCAAGUAUAUGGAGCGACGGUACGUGCAGAAAAGCGGCCGUGAUGACCCCAACCGCCUCUGGGAAGCCAUUCAUACCCGUGACCUCCUGGCCCUGCUGCAGGUCUUCGCUGAGGGGCACGAUCUGGCCAAGCCCCUGGCCAGCCCCGAGGGCCAGGACUCAGGUGAACUGGCACUGCACAUGGCCGUGCGCCACGCUGACAGAUUGUCCCUUCCUCUGGUGGACUUCAUCAUCCAGAACGGGGGGACACUGGACCGGGUGACACAGGACGGGAACACGGCUUUGCACUACGGUGCGCUCUACAACCAGCCCAACUGCCUCAAGCUGCUCUUGAAGGGCAAAGCCACCUUCACCACGG